GUUGACUUCACGGAUUUCAAUAUUCUCGACUAAAAUUUACAUUUAUGACUGCAAAAUGGCUGCGCUGAAGACUUCCCUAUCUUGUAUACCGGUGUCAGGUGCGUAAUUAAGGUUUCAUCUUUUUCGAUCGCAAAAUAAUAAUUUGUUCACGUGCGAACAAAAAUUUAGGUCUCUUCGUAUGGCAAAGGUUUCUCUAGUCUUUUAGUUGUCUUAAUAACCGAGUUAUAUAAAUAGAUGUGGCAUUUGGCUAUUCGAAAACGUUGAACGCUUUUAUAGCUCGGGGAGACAGAGGAAUAUUGUGACGUAAUUCAGUAGGUGUGUGGUGGGCGGGUGCUUACUGGUGGCCUUUGUUAUGUAUAAAUAUGUCAGAUAUGUGUACGUAAUAGUGCUAUUUUAUCCUUGGUUCAAAAUUGAUUUUCCUUUAUUUUAAUCUCACAUGCAUUACCAUGCACAAAAACAAAGGAAAAUAAAACUCAAACCAAGGAUGUAACUGAACCACAACGUAUAUUAUGAAAAGUUAUACACUAUUCAGGGAAAAUUCUCACUAACUCUGUAGCGCAGUGACAUAUAUAACUUAUUGCAUGGCUGUUUUAGCAAGUAGGCAAAAUAAACCAAUUCCUGUGUUUACUUGAUGGAUAAGAUGAGCCUUUCUUGCUUGCUCGCUUUAUUGCAACAAGAAAAAGAGUCCCAGUCUGGCUGCAUAUUGAAUCCCUUAUUGACCAAGCUUGAUUGGUAAGGAUGAAAACCUUUUGAAAUCUUUUGAAUAAUGCAAGUCAGCAGAAUUUCUUUGGCACUCACCGUACAGAAUUCAUCAGAUUUUUUCAGGAAAUGUGGAUAUGAAAAUCAUGCACAUGCAUUUUCUGGAAAAGGCGGCAGGUUUAUAUUGAUUAUUGUAGACGCAUAAUUUUACCCUUUUACAAGGCAAUUUUUAUAAUUAAAAAUCUUAGGUAUUGUCUUGUUGAAUAUCAAUCCUCACAUGGGGCAUAUGACAUAAUUAGUAAGAAAUGGAGGACUAUACCUUGUAAAAGCCUGCAAAUGUUUGUACUGUCCUUAUCCCAUAUUGUGUGAUUGUUCAUAAAAUUUAUAAAAUUUGUGUUUUUAAAGUGAAUUUAAAUAUUGAUUCAUUCAAAAUAAUUGAACAAAAAACACAAGUUGUAUUCAAGAGAAAACGUUAAUAGAAGUCUGUUUAAUUUCCAUUUGAAAGCCACCAAAGCACUUCUCUCAAGAUGUCCAGGAGUUCAUGUCUCUGUUCGUAAUGCAAGUAAGGUACAGGCAGCUUUGUGUAACAUCCUGGAUACUCAAAUCAAUGACAUAAAACAGGCUGGUACAUGGAAAGAUGAAAGAGUCAUUUUCACAAGACAAGCUUCAGAGAUUGGAGUUAUAGGAAGGAACGAUAAGCUACUUAACUUCUGCGCCAACAACUAUCUGGGACUGUCGGUGAGUUAAAAAAAUAAUAGUAAACAAACAGAAGUUUUUUUAAGGAAAAAAUGUGUUCCUACUCAGUUCAUAUGCGGUGAGCCUAUAUAUUGAAACAAAUUGGAGGCCUAGGUGGACAAAUAAGUUUGUAUAAAUAGAGGAUAUUACACGGUGGUGCGAAGAUAUGACUUUUAUUUUCGAGUGGCAAAACAAUAUUUUACGAACGAGCACAGCGAGUGAGUAAAAUAUUGUUUUUGCCACGAGAAAAUAAAAUUCAUAUCUUCAAGCCGCCGUGUAAUGUUCUUUUUAUUAUAUAGACAAAAUGACAUUGAUAAAAUAAUAGAGGGAAAUUACCAAAAUUACGUCAUCAAUAAACUCACGUGUGAGAUUAUGGAAAAUAAACCACUCGGGUCCCGGAUGUAGUUUUUAUGAAUUUUACGAGUGGUAUAUUUUCCAGUAAAACACUCAUGUCUAUAUAAUAAAACACAGUAUUUUGUCAACCAUGUGUUGAGUUGGUACCUUUAUUGUUAGGGAUGCAGGAAGGGUCUGAAAGCAAAUUAGCCCCCCUUUUGAAUAAGUACCCUCCCCUACCGGUAACACUUUCUUAAACAGAGUAAGGAUACCAUAAGGAAAGCCUCUUACUUUACAUUUAAUGUAUGACCAAAUUAGCUUCAAUACUUUCCUCACCAGCUAGAAAACAGUUUUCUCUCCUUUUAAUGCAGUUCCAGUUAUUGCUUCAGUGUAAGAUUACCAUUUUUAGAUUCAGUGUAUAGAGUGUGGAAUAAUGUUCCCUAAGUGUCUUUAUUACAUAAAUGAGCUUCUUUUGCACUAAUUUGUAAUAAUUUUAAAUAAGUGCCCCUCUGGCUCAAGGACAACCUUUUUCAAGGAAAUGCAGUACAGCCAGUUGUGAUGUUGCUAUCAAACUUUUGGUUUUAUCGUUUUUAAAAAUUGUUUUAGUCCCACCCAGAAGUUAUUGAAGCUGCCAAAAAUGCAUUGGAAAAAUAUGGUAAUGGACUGAGCUCUGUACGGUUCAUAUGCGGAACACAGGUAGUGUUUUUUUUUUUAAUUACUGGUAGCCUAACACUGCAUUAAGCUUAAAGUAUACACUUGAAGAAAAAAAAAAACAAUGCCUGCUCCCAUCAAGGGAAAUGUUUUGUUUUCCCAAGAUUCUUAAUAUUCACUGGGGAAAUCAUUAAGAUUAGGAAAAAGAAAACACUAAAUUGAGUUUUUUUGGUCAUAGAACAAAAUCAUUUGUUAGUGACUGGCUAAUUCAUUACAAGAUUUGCCCAACAUUGCCAAAGCCAGUUUUUUAGAUCCCAAUGGUUUUUUUGUCAGUUUUCAUGCAGUAUUUAUAAAACUUCACAUUUUCUUGCUGGAGGCCUGACAUUAUGAAUAGAGGUGACAACUCACAACGCGGACUGCAUAUGGCCAAAAUUUCUGUCACUUUUGUGAUUUCCCAAAAGUGAAUUUAAAAUUAUAUCCUGUGCAUGAUGUAUUAAUUCAUCAGUAUAAUUGCCUUCAGGGAAUACAGUUGAAUAAAGUUUCUUUCACUUGACCUUGAAACAGCCAAUAACUAAUGGAAGUAAGCAAUUUAUAAGACAUCAAAAAGUUGUAUAAAAAUGUACAUUAGUAAUGUACAAGAAUAGGCAGAGAGAACUUCCCAUUUUAAAACAAAUAAACACAUUUAUGUAACUCAGAUUGUCUCAUAUUUAAAGUUAAAGGGGAAAAACUUGUCUGAGGGAUGUGAAACUACUCAUCAUGUCACAAAAAUGAACAAAGGGGUGAAAUGGAAUGUCCAUUGAGCAUUUUAUUUCUUUCCGCAGGAUAUUCACAAAGAGCUUGAGGAAAAGAUAUCAAGAUUUCACGAGCGUGAGGAUGCAAUACUCUAUGCCUGUUGUUUUGAUGCAAAUGCUGGUUUAUUUGAGGUUCUGUUAGGUCCAGAUGAUGCUGUCUUGAGUGAUGAACUUAAUCAUGCCUCUAUUAUUGAUGGAAUACGCCUCUGUAAAGCCAAGAAAUUCAAAUACAAGAAUAAGGAUAUGGCAGGUAGCUGACAAGAAUAGCUGGAAAAGUGUUAUUGUGCAUGUCUAUAUAAAGUUGUGUGUGGCGUAAUAAAAUUAUCAGUUUGUAGUCUCUUCCCAGGAAAGGCAAUACUCAAUUAACUCAAUCUGUUAAAAGAACUACCAAAAACUCAAUUUUUGAAAAAAGUUUGCAACGGAAAGUUUGUUCCUGCCCAAAGUAUUUUUACUGGAAAUACUGUCAGCUGCAUCUACAGAUAAGUGUGUACACGUAAGGAAAAAAAUGUUCUUAUCGGGUGCAACCGUCGACAUGUUUUGCCACCAAACAUUCAAAGUUUUGAGUAGGGGCUGUUGUCAACUUGAUUUGCUUCCACUCAACAAAAUAUUCUUUACAAGAAUUUUAGACAUUAAGGAUAAUUACUGGGGGCAAGUGUGCUGUUUCUGAACGUGAAAUAUGCCUGAAAGUUGCGAAAAUGAAAUAUGAGCGGAAGGCGCUGAUCAAAAACAUAUAAACAAGUUUUGCUUUAAUGGCUGUCACUGUAUUAGAACUUUUUUUUUGUCUUGUGUCCAUGCUUAGAUGCAACCGACAGUAUACAGUAUGGUCUUAGCUACCAACAAGUCACUAUUUAUGAGAGACCUGUUGCUGUCAGAUACCAAAUCAGUAAUUGAUAUAGAAUUGUCCAAAGUAAUCCUGCAUGUUUCUUCUCAUUUCAGACCAUUUUUCUAGCCACAAUUCUUUUUUUAAUAUGCAGUUUUUUCAAGCUGUUGUUACUUUGUAUAAAUAAUUAUUAUGGCAGAAGUGGAAAAAAUUAUUGCAUUCUUAUGUCUCUCUCUGGCUCUUGUUCUCACCUCUUAAAAAGCUUCUUGUCUGCCCAUUUCUACCAAUGUAGUUCUUGUUUGUUUUUGAAUCACCAGACUAAGUCUGAUUUGCUUGAUUUACCAGUGUGUUAUAUUCAUUGUAUCCAUCAUUAGACCUUGAAGAAAAGCUCAAAGAAGCUGAAGGAGCUCGUCUAAAAUUGAUAGUCACUGAUGGUGUUUUUAGCAUGGAUGGAAAAGUGGCUCCCCUGAAGUAGGUGAAAAAAAUAAUGAAAAAAGUAAACCACUCAAAAAUGGCAUUAAAGGGAGGAAGCCAAGGAAAAUGGGACAGGAGGCAGGAGGUUUGGACCCUCCUGUCCCUCCCCUUAUUAGUAUAUUCUCUGCCGAUUUCCUGGCUCAAAAGAACCUGCAUGGAUUGUAUCAAUAGGGCUUGCUAAUAGUACAAUAGUUUACUUUCUGAUCAGACCUGCUGAGUAACUGAUCAGACCAUUGUUCAGACAUAUAAGGCCAGGGCUCAAAACCAAAAAUAUCAAUAUUUAACAAUUAUUCCUCGAGCCUUUGAAGGCGAGGGGAAUAAUCGUUUUAGUAAAAUCCAACUAGUUGUUCAAAAAUAUCCAGACAAAACAACUUUGGCUAGCAAAAUGCGAUUCAGCAGCCAUUAUUUUGGUUUUCAAAGCUGGCGCUUUUUGCUACUAGUGGGCUAUAACAUAUAGCCUGGUAGUAGCUCAACCAAUCAGAACGCACCAUUGAUAAUAGACCACUAGUUGGAUUUUACUAAAUAUAUAUAGCCUUUUUAUUAUUAUUUUUGCCUGCCAGGCCUAAAAUUUGGCCUGCCAUUUUUGGAUUGGCAGGCAGCUAUUUCGAGCCCGGAAGAUUACAGGGCAAAAAAUCCAUGACCCUGAGAUGGAAAGAAAGAAACAAAAGUUAGACUCUCUGUGAGCACUUUAUUCCAAACAUUUUAUACCGGUUAAAACUAACUUUCAGUUCUUCAUCUAUAGUGGGAUCUGUGAUCUAGCAGAAAAAUAUGGAGCACUUACAUUCAUAGAUGAGUGUCAUGCUACAGGAUUCCUAGGUGAAACUGGAAGGUACAGUGUGCAAAUCCUUUUAAUUAAAGACAACUGUUUAUUAUAGUUGGUGUCACUAAAACGAGCCAUAACAGUGAAUCUACAGGGAUUUUCUUCAGUCUACAGAUGUCCACCUAAAGGGAAUUCACCUUGUAGGGGUGCUCUCCUUGUAGGGCUGUCCAUUACAUUACAGGAGUGUCCUCAUUACAUGAGGGGAUGUCACCUUUGUGAGUGUCCCACUUACAGGGGUGGCAAGUGUUAAAAUCGGACAAUUGCUGAGAGCUUUGUUUAAGAUGGGAAGAAAACAAAAUGGACAUUUUUGAUAAGACACAUCAAAGUUGCUUCAGAGAUUUCAAGGUUAGAUCAAAAUUUUGUAAGACAAAAGAUUUUCUAGAUAGGUACCAUUCGCCAGCUCUACUUUCUGGGUGUAAAUCUUGCAGGGGAGUUCUCUCAUAUUAUACUAGACUGCGGGCAGUCUCUCUUUUUCUUUAGAUUUAGUAAGGAGAGUGCACGCGCACGCGAGCGUUGAGUGGCGAAGCCUCAAGACGCGAGAAACAAGGGCGGCGCCUUCAGUCACGCGCGUGGUCAUUUGCGUGUCUCGGGGGUUUUGCUCGACGGACCAAGAAAAAAGAGAGACUGCUCGUAGUCUAAUAAUAAACAGAAGCUGACAAAGUAAAAUUAACACUUACCUGUUAUGAAUCAUUUGAAAAUUAUGUUAAUUGAACUUUAUGAGUUUCAAAAGUCAGUCUUGAGUUUUCAUUUGGAUCUUGAGUUUUCAUUUGUUUAUCCAUAAGAUUUACUGAAAAUGAUUUAUAUUUUUUAGAGGAACAGAGGACUAUUUGAACUGCAAAGGUCGUGUAGAUAUCAUCAAUUCUACUCUUGGAAAAGCGUUGGGUGGUUCUGCAGGUGAUCAUGCAUUAAUGCUCUUCUUACCUGGGGCAUACGUCGUAUAAUGGCCUAUACGGAUAGGCUCCGCCCGAUAGGGGUACCUUUUUCAGAGUUCGGGUAUAUGAAAGGGUAGGGAGUUCACCAGCUGAAGUACAUGAAACGGUAGGGAAAAUAAUGUCAUUUUGGUCGGUAAAAAGGCGCAAUAAGGCUAACAGAUACAUUUUAUGGCUGUGAAAAAGUCGAGAAAAUGUCCUGGUUUUGUGAUUUAUUUAUGUGUUUAAGACAGUACAUUUACAUUGGUUAAAAGGGAUGCAAAGUUCUAAACUAGGCAUGGAAAAGAGGCACCAUUUGUCGUUAGAAGGUAUAAGAAAGGGCAACUUUUUCUGUCAAAAAUGGUAUAUAAAAUGGUGAGGGUUUGUUCCUCGGGGCAUAGCCUUAACUCCGUUAAGUACCCACCCCGGGCCUCCUUGACUGUGAUUUAUUAAAACACCAAAUGUCAUUUAAUAAUUUCAUUUUUGUGUUUGUACUGUCUUUAGGUGGUUACACCACAGGACCAAAACAGCUUAUCCAGAUGCUUCGUCAGAAAUCCCGUCCUUAUCUGUUCUCUAACACCCUUCCCCCUGCUGUAGUGGGUGGCGCCAUCAAGGUUAGAUGCAUGGUAGCCUACGGGCAGGCUCUCCGAGGCGCUCUGGCGGCGGGGCGGGAAAAGAAAGGAGAGCUUGCAACUACGUCUCUGGAAUUUGAAUUCCACCUCCAAUUCCCCUGUAGCUCCCCGUCGACUGAGCUUUCACUAGAGAUUUCCGCCAAUCAGUGAGAAGUUGAAACGAGUGCGAAUGUAAACAAACAUUGAAAGACACGUACCAAGGGUAAUGACGUCAUUACUAAUGUCAUUUCCACCAAUCAGCAUUUCGCUUGGACUUUUUCGAUGCAGAUGUUCAAAUUCCAGAGACGUAGUUGCAAGCUCUCCUUCCUUUUCCCGCCCCGCCGCGCCAUGGAGGGCUUGCUCGCAGGCUAGAUGCAUGGUCAACAAAGCGUCGAAAAGUGAAUCCGCUUGCGUCUGGAGCUAAAACAUACCUCAAUAGGGAGCUUACAAAACUAAAUUGGUCAAGGAUAUUGACAAAAAGUGUAAAAAAGCACGAAAACAGCACAUCUGCACGUGCAUCACACUCACUGGCUUUUUACUGCUCUCUUUCACAACUAUGAUGUAACAUUUCCACUUGUGGGACGUGCAUUUGUAUAGGAUUAUCAAUGUGAACGUGUAACAUCAAAAUUUUCUUAGUCCUCUUGAACUUGGAUGUGGUUUUAGAGAAUUUACCUCCUAGAAAUUUGCUUACAUUGACAAUGUCAUUUAGUGCCUCCAAUUCUUGUGUCUUGGAAAGAAAAUAGUAGACAACUUUAAAACUCUUACCAGGAGUCAUCAUGGGCUCUGGCUCUUAUGAAAUGUCACUGUUCCCGUAAAAGUUCGAACUUCGCAUUGUUAGCUAGAGUAAGGACCACCAGACGAAUCAGUAUUUGGCGUAGUUUUAGCAACGGCAUUAACUUGCCACUUCUUUUGCAAAAUUGGUGCAAAACGAAUUGAAAAGAAAUGUCUGCGAUGAUGCGCGCUUACUCCCCAGGAAUUAAGACGUCUUGCAAUAAGUGGGGUUUUGCAAGUUGCGAAAAGUUGCUGCAAAAAGAAGAGAGUAGUUGCGCUUUUUGUAACAAAAACAUGUUCCGCGUUUUACUGCCCCAAGGCAAACGCAACUAUACUUCCACGUAUGGCAUCACUGCCAAGUAAUUUUAUCCAAUCAGAAGAAGGCAUUCACCCAACAACCUGAUUAGUUGCAAGACAGGUUUACGCAAAACAACGAUUUUCAACUCGUUUGCACCAGUAUCGCAGAACAAGUUGUACGUUUUUGUCCCUCGUUUUACCGCAGCUUCAGGAGAACAGAGCUCUACGAUUGGCAUGACACGCUACUUCUGUUCUUGACCAUUUUCUUCUCUCCUCUGAAAAACUUUCUAACUUUCUAAAAGUGUCUUUGUUCUGAAUAUUGCUUUUCUGUACUGAUCCGCCAGGUUUUUGAUCUGUUAAUGAAUGGCUCUGACCUGAUUAAAAAGGUGCAGGAAAAUACAACCUUGUUCAGAUCACGGAUGACAGCUGCCGGAUUUGAUGUAAUCGUGAGUAUAAUUAUUUAAUAAAUAUUAAGAGCUUCAAAUAUACAUUUCAUAUCUGGUAUACAGUGAACUAAACGUACAAAAUAAUUUCGUGAAGAUUAUAGCAAAUAGUAAAGCAAAUAAUCAAGGAAGUCAAGACCAGACCUGGUUAUCAAAAAAUUACUUUGAUGUCUGAAUUUCACUGACAAAAAGACAUGACUGAAGCCAAGAUAUAAUAUAACCAAAAACAUUUAGAAACACUGAAAUAUCUCAGUCAGCCUGUUGCAGGGACAAAAUUUAUAUGGCGUAGACUAUUCUUUAUUAAACCAUAAAAUCUUUCUCCACAUCAUUGGAAUCUGUACUGUGUACAACAAGCUGAACACACUGGCAGCACGACCAGCACCGCCGCCAAAAUUUUCUCCAAACUCGCGUAGGUGAGCCUGCUCGCAGCCUAUAUCCCCUUCCACUCACCGCCGUUUAAGUGGCCAAAAUUAAGACUCACCAGAAAUCCCAGGCUUCAUUUCAUAAAAUAUUGAGAAGCGAACAGCGCCAUGUGGAAGUACCGUAUUUAUUCGAUUAACCGCCCUGGGCCCUUAUUAAAUUUUUUAGCCUGAGUAUCAGGCCUUCCUACGGGGCAAGGGGAGAGGAGAUUUUAGAUGGGGGAGGGGGGAGGGGGAGAAGAAUCAUGGUAUCGAAUCAUGCUGUGUGAGGGUGGAAGGCUCCAGUAAAAGCAUCUGUGUCAGGCGUUUCUUUCCUUCACCUCUCUUCCUUUUUCGCUUCCAUUUUUCCCCUUUUCCCCAGAAACGCCUGAUACUCAGGCUAUAAAUUUUUGGACCUUGAGAGUGGGCGCUUAUUCGAGGUGGACGCUUAUUCGAGGCUGUGCGCUUAUUAAAUUUUCAACACUUCAGCAAGUGCAGUAUGUUUAUUUUGCAACAAACAAUAAAUAGUAAAAACAAAACGCGAAGAUGUAACAAAGCAAGGUUUGUGUAAAAUACUCUGAAGAAAACUCCGUCUUCGGGGAAGUCUCCAAGUGUCUUAUUAGUACUUAUUCAAUUUUUGGGGGGUGUGAGGGGCAAGGGGGUAGGCUGGGGUGGGCGCUUAUUCGAGGGUGGGCGCUUAUUCGAGGCUGGGCGCUUAUUAACUUUUUCUGCCUUUAGGAUGGGCGCUUAUUCGAGGUUGGGCGCUUAUUCGAAUAAAUACGGUACUACUGAUAAGGUUUCAUUUGAACGGUCUCGCUAUAGGAUUUCAUUAAGGGACUCAAAAGUUAGAACUAUGUACUAAAUAAAUCCACAGACUCGAAAGUCACAACUAUCCUCUACAGCAUAAGAAACAGAACUACAGCAACAGCAAUACUGCUAAGUAGCUUUUCUUGAAAUAGUCAAACAUCAACAGAUAAUAACUUCCCUCUAAAGGUGAUGUUACACGGAACGAUUCGCAGCGACGAUUUUUAGCGCAACACAGCGAAACAGUCGAAACAAUGUCGCAACGACGAUGCAACGCUGUGUUGCGCUAAAAAUCGUCGUUGCGAAUCGUCUCGUGUGACAUCACCUGAAAGAGUGUUGACAUGCUUGACAGAGAUGCCAUUUAGUGCUUGAUAUGAUGCACAAAUUGUACGUUGUCCUGUUUACUCUGAUAUUGUAGGGUGAUGGUCACCCUAUCACACCAGUCAUGUUAGGAGAUGCACGCCUCGCUGUUGAAUUUGCUGAUGAGAUGUUAGGUAUGUGCUAAUAAAGGGAAUGAAACUUAUGUAUGGCUUGUCCAUUAUCAACUACAUUAUCAACCUCCUCGUCCGAUUCGACCUCAAUAUAGAUCGUUUUCAUUGUCACGCAACAAAAAAAAUUGGAAACCGUCCAGUGGAAGAAGCCUGGAAAAUGAAAUAUUAUAAAGGACUAAUUUUUAAACAAAUUGUCCAAAUCUCAGGUCUUUGUGGCCUGCAGUUUCUGAGUUAUUUACUGAAACGUUUCACGCACCUUUCUAGAGCUUUGUAUGGAGACACCAUAUUGGUGCACCGUUUUGGCGCACCAAUAUGGCUGCCGGAAAUCAAUAAAAACAUCUGAAGUUCACUUGUCCUAUAAAAGCUCUUUUUUUUUUCACUCGAUAACUAGCAUACGUGCGCAUAAACAUAUCUUCUAAUACUUGAAAUGGUUAUACUGCUGAAAAUCAAGAGGAGAGACUCUUUUUCAACAAGACAGCAUUCCUAUUUUGGUGUCACGCACUGUGAAAACUCGGAAGUUCAAAUUGCUGUACUUUCGAAAUGAAACAUGCUACAUGGAAACUUGUACAAAGAGUUACUUUUUGUUUAUCUUCAACCUAGUGUAAAUAAGAAUUCGUAAAUCCUCGCUAUUUUGACUUUACAAUUUGAUGACGUCACUGUGAAAACCAUCUAUAGUCAUGCCGUUGCUAAAUGACCUUUUUGACACACUGUCUGACCGCAGAAUGCACUACACAACUCAGAGUAUACAAGGAAGAUGGCACUGCUCUUGUUGUGCCUGAGAAAUCGCAUGCAAUAAAUUCUCUUCCGGGAAAUUCUCUUCAAAUAGUUAGACACUAGACGUGCAAGACCCGUUCCCGGCAGAGACCCUUUGUGGUUUGCUUUGCGUAAGCGAAAACUAACCUGAGUGAUCGCAGGUUCGACUGUUUUCUCCUUUCUCUCUUUUUAGUUUUAUGCCUUUUUUGUUGGUUUUGAACUUGCAAUAUCAUUUGUUUUUUUACUGUGGAAUGUUAAGCUCAGAUAACAGAACCCCGCUAGUCGACAGAACGUGAUUUCAUAGGUUUGACUUAUUCUUGGACUUAUUCCCAGUGCCGGAGGUACUCAAGGCCUAAAAAAUAAGUGAGGAAGAAUUGUCCAGCAAACUGCAUGAGAAAGCUUUGUUUUUUCGAACUCAAAACAGUACCGGGAAGAGCACAGGUUGAGGCGCACACUCUCCACUGUAUUUUAUGCUUUUCACAUGCAAUAUCUUAGUUUGUUUUGUCUUUUCUUCAGAACGUGGGAUCUAUGUGAUUGGUUUUACCUUCCCUGUUGUUCCUCAAGGUGAGAAUUUUUAAUACGUUGCUACAUGAGGCACGUUUUAUAGAUGGUCUUGAAGGGUACUCUCUCGGGAUCCGGGAUUGACCGAAACUAUAGUGCGGGAUUCAGGAAAUCGAAAAAUACGGGAUUUGACCGCUACUCGGGAGGCGGGAUUCGUGAAAAUCUGGGAACGGGAUGCGAUAUCGGGAAGGAAAAAGGUAUUCGGGAUGGAGAUGACAGAACUGAGUUCGGGAUGCGGGAUUAUCGUGAAAAAGGAGCGAGAGUGCCGGAUCAGGGGCCCGUUUCUCGAAAGUCCCGAUAAUUAACGGGCCCGGUAAGCUGUCUCCGUUUACAGUAAAGAUCGAGGUUUCAAUAGUUUUGCAUCUAACGUGAUCAAACUGUCAGUUAAUGAAACUAAAUGGAGUAGUUUGCUAGCCAGGACCCGCGCUCUUAUUCUUUAUAUUUCGAUUUGAAUAUUUGAUUUCGGGCCCGUAAAGUUACCGGGACUUUCGAGAAACGGGCCCCAGGCCCCCUCGCCCAGACCCUGUUUAUAUGGUCUAAGUUGCUAACGAACUCCCUCUCCUUUCUUUUUUUAAUUCAACAACCAGGCUUAUAGAUAAUUUCCCCUGAAAAAACAAAGAACGCUAAGUGUGCGGCUUAAAUUCUUAUAAUUCGCAGAGAAACUUGAGUCUUUCUAUUGCAGAUAUAGGAUCGAUACUUAACUAAGAGUCAAUUAUUCAAACGUGUACUAGUAGGUCGUUUUUCUAAGUGGAGUAAAGUGGUUUUUAACUUUUUUAAGUCUUUCGUUUUAUCUGCACUUUAUUCCUUCUUGAUCUUGUAGAUAGAAUUUAAACCCAAGGGGAGUAUUGCAUUGCUACUCGACAUCGUAUUUUACGACAUGAUCUUUUUUUAAUGCAGGAAAGGCCAGAAUACGUGUCCAGAUUUCUGCAGCUCACAGCACAGAAGAAAUUGAACGUUGUGUUGAAGCCUUUAUUGAUGUUGGGAAAAAGAAAGGAGUGAUUUAAUUCUGAGAUAUUUUCGUAAUCAUAGUAAAUUAUUUUUAAUGCAAAAAAGGAUACUUUUGUACCCUUUCAAUAACGUAUAGUUUUGUGGACUAUUUAUUUUUAGUAGAAACUCCAAACGUUUACUGGAACAAAUUCAGCGGAAAUAAUUCAAAAGCGCGGAAUAAAAUAUGCAAUGCUAAUUACCGUCCGACAUACCUUGCUUGAUUUUUUUGCCACCCAUUUCCGCAAAAAAACACCAAAUGUUACUUUGACAAGUAAAAACCGAGCAAGAAGCGUUCUACAUGAUAAAACUGAACACUUAUUUAUUUACAGCUGCCGUAGCUAUGUCAUAUUUAACAGUUUUUGCCGUCAAAGUUUCGCUGGUGGUUAAACGGACGUGGUUUGCUGUUCAUAGUUCAUAAAUGUGUGUAUUUUUAACUGAGAAUGCCGUAAACUGCCGCUAUAAGCCACCUCCCAGUUAUACGCCAAAAAACCUGUAAACAAACUCGAUUUAAUUAUUAUGACGUCUGAAAGCUGCUAUAGCAUAUUUCGCCGCGCUUUUUCUAUUCCGGUGAUAAGCCCUGUUGGAUAUAAGCCCUCCUAAGAAUCUUCACAAAGAUGUAUAAGCCCAGGGGUUUACGCACGAUAUGUGAAUCGUAACGCAAUAUAGUAGGAGAUACUUAACAAUUAUUCCUCGAGCCCGAAUGGGCUCUGAGUCAAUAGCCCCAUGAGGCCGAAGGCCGAAUGGGCUAUUACCUCAGAGGCCAUGGGGGCGAGAGGAAUAAUUAUUAUAGUAAAAUCCAACUAGUUGGUCAAAAACAUCAAGACAAAACAACUUAAAGGAAGACUGUAAUCCUGUUUUGCCGCCAAAAAUCUGGCGCUUUUCGCUACUAGUGGACUAUAACAUAUAGCCUUGUAGUAGCUCAACCAAUCAGAACGCAGCAUUGAUAAUAGACCACUAGUUGGAUUUUACUAAUAACUGAUAUAAUAGUGUAGUAUUAUAAUUAAGGGACCUGGGUUUUAUAAUGAAACUGGUAUUCUGUCCAAAAAA